AUGAGACUCAUCGUUAUAGAAUGUCCGUAUGGUCGAUACAAUUCAUCCACAGGCUGUGUUCUGACAUGUUCUUCUUGUUACAAUGGAGGGAUUUGUGAUGAUGAAACAGGACAAUGUAUCUGUGCUCCAGGAUUCAAUGGAGAAACAUGCGAACAAGGUUGUGGCGGCAACCGUUUCGGGAGAUCAUGUGAAUAUAGAUGUAAUACAUCAAUAGAUGACUCUACAGCUUGCAGAGGAAUUCAAAUGUGCUUACCAGAUCCAUAUGGGUGUUCUUGUGCACCAGGAUUCAAAGGCCUGAAUUGCACCACAGAAUGUGAUCAAGGUGAGUUUGGAGCUAGUUGUACGGAGACAUGUCACUGUGUAUCAGGAGAGUGUGAUAUAUUUACUGGAGUCUGUACAGGAAGCUCUACGGAGUGCCGGCAUGGCUGGGCUGGGAGUAGUUGUCAAGGUAAGUAA